AUGGUCAAGCUAGAAGCCUCUGUACCAGCCUUAGUUACCUUCAUAGCUACUAUUUCUACAAUAUUUCCAUAUGAUGUGACAAGUCUGCAGAAACACUCAGAAAGAGGAGGCAUGGUGUUGUUAGACAAGCUAAUUAGACAGUAUUUCCUGAUUGCUGAAUCACUCAUGGUAGCAAGAUCAUUGAUUUUCAAGAUUCAUAAUACAAUAGUGUCUGAGUCUCUAUUCCAGAAUUACUUGGGUGCACAGAUUGUCCCAGUCAUGAACAGCAUCAAGCAUGUAAAGAAAUUGCUCAACACAGAUUCAGUACUGCAGGAAAUAAAUCUUGAAGUCAUUCACUGUCAGAUACAACCUGAGGUUGAGUCCCCAUACAGGUUCUGUUAA